GAUACAGAAAGGGCAAGAAUUUAGGAUAUGUUUCAGCAUGUGAUGUCAUCCAGUAUAUAAAACAUAAUUGCAAAUGAAAUAUUUAAAAGAGACAGUUUGUGUUUUUAAAACAAGCAGAGUUUUUGCCUCUUAAAAAAGCUUCUAAAACAAUGAUAUUGGCCGAAAACUGGUUUGAUAAUCAUUAUCUCCAGCUGAGAAGAGGUGAAAUCUCUCCGUGGGUCACCUGGAACACAUGUGUCAGAAGCUCUAAGUCUCUUGUGCUCUCUUUCUCUCCCUGUCCCAUCUGUUUCCUAGAAAAGAGGGAAACCUAAAAAUUGUCUAAGUUCAUAUUAAAUUACAAAUAUCAAAGUUUCUAGAGCACACUUAGUAGAGGAUUCUUGUUCUGGGUCAGCACUUGAAGGUGAGAUUUUCUGGGUGCUUCUCUUAACUAUCUAAGUGGGAGAUAUGAAGAGCUUUAGAGGUAUAAGGAUCAAGUAGAGAAAAUUCACAAGGAAAGCAGUGGAACUUAGAUAGGACAAGCCAGUUGGUUGUAGAGACUGAACACAGAACUAUUUAGCCUGUAAGAUAUUCACCCAUGGAGAAGGAUGGAACAUUUUCUACUUGACCAUUUCUUCUGCUUGUAUGAGAGCUCUUGAUGGUGGCAACUUAGGGAGCAGAAAUAACUUGAGAGAAAAGAUGAAGAUAGCCUACUUUAAUAAUUGAUGGUAGAUUCUAUGACACUGUUAGAGUACUUGGACAUCAGCCCAUGUCAUCUUAACUACAGAGAGGCAACAUGUUACUUAGAAAAGCUUAUUAGUUACCAAGAAGUGACAGACAACACGUCAGUUAAGGGUUCAUGGUGCCCGAAUUCAAAAACAGUUAUUCCUGAGUGGUGUGGUUUUGUGUUAACUUAUUCAUUCUCUCUGUACUUGGGGCCUUUUUAUCUAGAAAAAAAUGUGAGCAAUAUUACCUGUCUCAAACAGUUACUUCAAGCAUUUAAUGAAUGAGUAGGUAAGAAGCUUAGAACAGUGAUUGGAACUCAGUGUUCAUUCUUGCUGGCACUUGUGUGGCACCUAUUAUUUGUGGGUAAAUGCCUAUAAACAGCAUCUUCAUUAAAGUACUUAGCCUGUGAAUUACAUAGUGCCUGGCUCAGUUUCACAGAUUAAUUCACCUCACAUUGAUAUGAAAAGCAAGAUUUUAUUUGAUGAAAAUGCAUCUUUGGUGAAUUUCAGGUCAUACAAUGAGGGGAAAAUUAAAUGUAGAAAUCUAUCCCUCAUAGACCUACUAAAUUAUAAAACCAUUUGUAAUUGUGGUAGGCCAGUAACAGCUUUUAAUUUUAUUAAGCAUUGUCUUUUUUUUUUAUUCAUAGGUUCUUAUAGGAUGGAUUUGCAAGUGUCAAGUCCAACCUAUCUCUAUGAUAUUGAUUAUGGUAUGUCAGCACCCUGCCAAAAAACCAAUGUGAAACAAAUUGCAGCCCAGCUUCUGCCCCCACUCUACUCUCUGGUAUUCAUCUUUGGUUUUGUGGGUAACAUGUUGGUCAUUCUCAUCCUGAUAAGUUGCAAAAAGCUGAAGAGCAUGACUGACAUCUACUUGUUCAACCUGGCCAUCUCUGACCUGCUCUUCCUGCUUACUCUCCCAGUCUGGGCUCACUAUGCUGCAAAUGAGUGGGUCUUUGGAGAUAUAAUGUGUAAAUUAUUCACAGGGCUCUAUCACAUUGGCUAUUUUGGUGGAAUCUUCUUCAUUAUCCUCCUGACGAUUGAUAGGUACUUGGCUAUUGUCCAUGCUGUGUUUGCUCUAAAAGCCAGGACAGUCACCUUUGGGGUGAUGACAAGUGGAGUCACUUGGGUGGUGGCAGUGUUUGCCUCUCUCCCAGAAAUAAUCUUUAUCAGAUCUCAAAAAGAAGGUUUUCGUUAUACAUGUAGUCCUCAUUUUCCACACACCCAAUAUCAUUUCUGGAAGAGUUUCCAAACGUUAAAGAUGGUCAUCUUGAGCCUUGUUUUUCCCCUGCUUGUCAUGGUCAUCUGCUACUCAGGAAUCCUCCACACCCUGUUUCGCUGUAGGAAUGAGAAGAAGAGGCACAAGGCUGUGAGGCUCAUCUUUGCCAUCAUGAUUGUCUACUUUAUCUUCUGGACUCCCUACAACAUUGUCCUUCUCCUGAUCACCUUCCAAGAGUUUUUUGGACUGAAUAAUUGCAGUGGUUCUAAUAGACUAGACCAGGCCAUGCAGGUGACAGAGACUCUUGGAAUGACACACUGCUGCAUCAACCCUGUCAUUUAUGCCUUUGUUGGGGAGAAAUUCCGGAAUUAUCUCUCAGUGUUCUUCCAAAAACACAUUGUCAAACGCUUUUGCAAGCACUGUCCAAUCUUCCAGCAAGACAAUCUUGAUCGUAUAAACUCAGUCUAUACCCGGUCCACAGGGGAGCAGGAAGUUUCUACUGGUUUAUGACAUGGGCUGUUUUGUGUAUCACUUGGUUUUUCUAUGUAACUUGGAAGUCAGAAUGUUUUUUUAAAAAAGAAGUUACUAUCAUCGAGGGCCUAAGAUACAUGCAUGUUUUGGAUAUUUAUUUUAGAUAGAUUGGGUCUUUUAAAGCUGAUUGACUUUAGAAAGCCAAAUGAGAAUGUAUUGAUAAGAUAACAAUCCCUGGUCUCAUUCCCACUUACCUCCAGUUAUUGGCAAACUCUUCUUUAGCCACAAAAAUUCACUACAAAAAAAUCCCAAGAAUUGGGAGUUUUUUGAGCUUGACUAUCUGAACAGAAAUAACAACAUCAAUCAAGAAGAAUACCUUGUACAGUUUUUUCCCUUACAAGGCAAAAUUCAGGCUAUAUAUGUACUUAAAAUAGGUCUUUGUCUUGCCCUGAGAAGAAGAGAUGAGAAUGUGAUUAGUUAGGAGAUAGAUAACUAAGCUACAUGAAUUAGUUCUAUAGACUUGUAUGAUCAGGUGAAUUCUCUGUGACCUGGGAGGGCUGGAAACAAAUCCCUUUAUAAGAAGGGAUUUGAACUGGAUCAUAUAUUAGCAAAUGAGAGGGAAACCAUUCUUUGGGUGGCACGACUGCACAAGCAAAGCAGAGGUAUACUUGUGGCUAGCUGGAAAGGCCAUGGAGAGAAAUGUCAAGGCUGGAUCAGAAUGCACCAUGUCAGCAUUGCUCCUUCAAGUUAUAUGCAGGGUGGGAGCACCUGGAUAGGUUUGUACAAAGCCUAUUUCAUGGCUAAGUGUACUGACAAUGGUGAGCAUUUAGGGAAAGUAGAUCAGCAACAAUAAGGUCAGAGUGCAAUCAAGUUACCCGGGCUAGACAGGGGGGAAGUACCACUUCUGCAUGUAGAGUGUAGAGUCAGCAGAACUUGGGGUAAAUUCGAGGUGGAGGUGAACAAGAAGACCUAGGCUCAAACACAUUGGAAUAAUUGUUGAAGAAACAACAAAUACAAAAGAAGAGUACAGGAAAGAGUCUGGCUUAGGAGGGUAGUCUCAUUUUACAACCUGUUGCCUCAGGCUAGCAUUUUGUUCCUUCUCUCAGACACAAAUCUUGCCAUACCAGCUUUGAAUCUUAAGGGGUAACCAGGGAGCUGUAAAACACCUGGCAUAUGAAUCAUGAACCUGAAAUCUAGGAAUAAUAUCGACUCCUUGUGGAUUCUAGCUGAGGGUUGCUUAUACAGUUUGAACCCAGAGCUUUACAACCUUGAGCAGAGGCCCUAAGAUGUGAGGGAAGAACAUCAAUUUUCUCUAUUUACCUAGCAAUCAUCAAAUCAGAGAGAUAAUGCAUCCUUUUAGAAACAAGUUGCUGUGAGCUUCAGAAGUCAUGAAAGUGUAAUUACCACCCUCUGUGUUCCAGGCUAAGUUUGAAGGCUUUAGUAACUCUUUACAGAUGACUUCUUCACACAAACAAUGCUAUUUUUAGCCACUGCAGAGAGAUUUAGGAUUUUUUGUUGUUUUUGCAGUUGCUAUUUAUGAUAUUGUUUUGAAUUUUGGAGCGGUUAAGACUAAGGGAAGAAACAAAAGGGUGAGAAUCACUCAGAGGAUUAAAGUGUCUGGUUAACAAAAGGUGCUACUUGUUUUUCUUGAGCUCUGAAUGUGAAACCAGAGCCUUGUGGCUGUCAGCAAGGAGGUGAGCAUUUGCUUUUUUCUUUCCUGGAAUCCACAUUUUGUCCCCCAAUAUGUAGCUGAGACUAGACUCAAACUCGUGCGUGAUCCUCCUUCCUACAUCUCAAGCACUGGGAUUACAGGUGUAUAUGAACACACUCAGCUCUGUAUUUCUAUAUUCUUAAGCAUAUAGAAAGUUGUAAAUUCUUUGAAGAUAUGUCUUAUAAAAAGUGCUUUGUAAAAAAUAAUUUCUUUAUUGUUCUUUCAAUCAAGUGUACAUUCAGUGAGUAGUACACAAAACUAUGAGAGUAUUUUAUAAGUAGUUGUUUUGGAGAACAUCCCCAAAUAGUACUUAUUUAAAUAUAGUCCUUAGCUUAAAUGUAUGGUGAUGGUGAUUAUAUUUCCUUUAAAAUAUUUUUAACAGUUAACUUUCUUCCUGAGACAAAUUGUUGUAACAAUUUGUUGUUAAAGGUGUUACUUCUAAGCAUGUAGUUCCUAAGCAGAGUUGCCUUGAAAGAUUGUAAAUUUCAAAUUGUGCUUACCCUCAACCAAAAGAGUUUUAAUAUACUUACAAAUUGAUGUCAGAAGUCAUGAAUCUGCUUGAAAAUAAAGACAUGCAACUUUGUGGUCUGGUAUCUGAGUGGGAGGCACAUGGUAGAGAGGAUCAGCAUUGCUUUUAUUUUAUUUAAAAUUCUUUCCCAAAGUGUGUUAGUAAUUUUAGUAACGGCAACUAUGUAACACUGGGAUUUCUGUCCUCAUAUUUCUUGUUCAGAGAGAGGAUAGAUGCUCCAGGGAGUGUUUGGAACAUACUGGUUUUCAGUCUGCUACAGCGUCAGUUUCCAAAGCAGGAUGUGUGAAGAUGUUGGAGCUGGUCAUGCUCUUAAUGGAAAGUACACAAGAUGAGUAGUAAGCAAGACAGGGCUCUGGCUAGUACAGUAACUUCUUACCAGAUUCAAAGGAUUGCUUCUCAUACCUUAGAUCCAAAGGUGGAAUGUAUCAAAGAAGAGUGGGAAGCAGCUAGGGUUAGAGGAGAGAAAAGAAUCAGGGGGAAGUGAUCCCUAUCUGCUAUGAUAAAGCCAGCUAUUGUGUGGAUAUGAGAAAGUAUGGUAGUAACUUUGCUUGUUGCUGUGACAAAAUAUCUGAGGAAGGCAUCUUAAAGAAGGAAGGGUUUACUUGUGUUGGUAGUUUGAAAGAAUGCAGCCUAUCAUAGUUUGUGAGGAAUGUGAGGUUGUUGGUCACAUUAUAUCUGCAUCAGGAAGCAGAGAACUGAAUGCUGAUUUAAGCUUCCUUUACCUUUUUCAUUCAGUUGAAGUCCCCAACCUAUGGAAUGGUGUUGUCCACAUUAAGGUUGGUUUUCCCUUCUCAGUUAAUCCUUUCUAGAAACACCCUCAUAGAUACAGCCAGAAAUGUGUUUUCUAGGUAAUUCCAGUAAAAUACCAACCAACACAAAAAGUGUCAGUUUUUUAUGGCUGAUGUAUACAGUCCUUACCUUUCCAUAUGUUGGAUGAAUUCAUGAAGAAAAGUUGCUUGAGGUGUCAUAUAACUAUGUAUAUAUAUUUUUCACAAUUUUAUAAAUAUUUUAACAUUUCAUUUGGCUCCAUAUUGUUACUACUUCAUUGAAUUAUAAGUUCUGGGUUAUUAUAAUUCUGUCAUGUUUCAGGAGCUUAUUUUUGUUAUCAUAAAAAUAGUUUUUUCAUUUGUUUGUUUUGUGAGACAGGGGUUCUUUGGGUAGCCCUGUCUUGUAACUCACUCACUGCCUCUGCCUCCUGUGUGCUGGGAUUAAAGAAGUGUGCCACCACCUCAAAAAUAGUUUUUAAAGCAUAUGUGGAGGAUAUGAAUCUUUUCCCUGAUUGAGUCAAUGGGAAGGCUAUCCAAACUGCAAAUAACCUGGGUUAUACUGCUUCCAUACUGCCCACCAGUGGCCAACUAGCAAAUUAGCAAGGAUGCUUGGCAAUCAGCAUUGACCACAGCAUACAAACAAGGAGCAUGGUUUCACUUGGUCGUUUACUGUUUGUGUCUUUCAUUCCACUGUGGACAGAGGCAUAUCCAGAUCAGCUCAGGGCAGAUGACACACAGCUCUUUCUCACUGCUUCUGAAGAACAGGAAGAGCAUCAGUUUAGGACAUAAGUUGACACUGAAUAAAAUAAAUGUUUCAGGUGGAUCUGCAGAAUGCUGGAGCCCAGACCUAGAAUAAAGUCAGGAAAUUAUUUCUAACUAGGCAUUUUUUCACAUAUGUGAAAUGCUACAAACUCCUCCUGCAUUUCAUUUUAAUCUGCAUAUCCCAUGUGUUUGAAGUGAUCAAAUAUAGUUGAGAUGCAGGUGGUUUUCUUUGAUACUUAUCCUCUCUUUUCUCCAUUACUGUUAUCAUCCAUUUGGAUGCAACACUCUUACAAAACUAUAUACCUUGAAAAUGAGAGAGAAAAUGGAAAAGCCAUUGAGUACCAUUCAGUCUAGGUGCCUCCCUGUGUGGGUGAAGAGCAGAGUUUACUACAAGCCCCAGAGAAGGCUUCAGAGGACCCAAGCAUCAACUAUGCUAUGAUAGUGUUUCCCAGUCUCAGUGGGCAGUCAGUGAUAAGUCAUUGAGUGGAGUAGGUGGGAGGGUUUCUGGUACCCCUUACAAUCAUGCCUGGAUAAAUUCAGGAGCUGGACCUACAAUUCAUGGAGGCCAUAUUCUGGUCCUGGCUUAAUCUUAGCUGUACUUUGAAGUGACAUGGGGGAGUUUUACAAAUAGUGACCCUGAGUCCCACUCUAAUCAAUUCUACUCCAAUCAAUUUUGCUUCAAUCAACCCAUAAUGUGGCUUGUGGUUUUAACUCCUACAAACUCCCCAGAUGCUUCUCAGAAUAGCUAAGUUUGAGAGACACUGGGAGUGAAAACUGGGGUUGAAGCCUGUCAUACUGGGUAUGAUGGCUGGAGGCUGAGCCUGUGACACAGAGUGUGAAGGUUGGGGUAUGAAGAAAAUCAUACUUGACCUGCAAAUAGGUGCCAUGUGGAUCAGGGAGUCUAGAUUCAGAUUCUUGAUUUUCACCACUAAACAUCACUCCAUCUUCCUCAAAGCUGCUUUAUAAAGCAUAUGAAUCUCGACUCAGUGAUGAUACAAAACACCUGAAUUUGAGGCUCUCAGUUUGCAGUUUAAUUUCUGGUUCUGAGGUUCCUGUCCUUUCCAAGUGAAAAACAAAUAAAAGUCAGAUGACGUCUGGGACCCAUGCUGAGCCUAGAGACUUCAAAUUUAAAAGAGAAAACAAGUCUCUUGUGUAGAAAAGGGUAUACUAGGGAUGUUUUACAGACAAACAUUGAUUUUGCUUAUGUUGGCCAAAGUGUUCUCCUCUUAUCUCUAGUGUUUGUUGCUCUUGUGAGCUCCCUUUAAACUCUGCCUAGUAAAGUACUGUUUCUGAAGAAUUGAGAAUCCGAGUAGUUCAUUGCAGCCCUAGUCAGGCAAUGUUAAUUCUGUAAUGAGUGAAAAUUUAGCAUUAAGAUAGCAACUCUUAGAUGGUCUGGCAUUUAGUUUAAAUGUAUGCACACAUAUACAUAAAACAAAACUUGGCUUGUAUUAGUUACUUUUGUGUCACUGUGACAAUACUACUCAAUUAAAACAACUGAAGGGAGGAAAAGUUUACUUUGGCUCAUUUUUUUUGGUUCAUUUAGAGAAGAAUAGUUCAUCUGUCCUAUUGGAAUAUAUGGGCAUGUACAGCAGAGACUGUUUACAUUACAGCAGUCCAGGAAGCAGUGGACAGAACCAGGGUGCAGGCUAUAACUUUCAAAGGACCAUCCCUAGUGACCUUCUUCUGCUAGCCAGACCUCACCUCCUAAAGAUUCUAUAGUCUCAUAUAGUACCACCAUCUUGGAACUACACACAGCACAUGAGCCUAUGAGGGAUAUUUCUGAAAAGCAGAUAUAAGUUGCUCUUCUUGUGAAACUAUAUAACUCUGAACAUAAUGCAACUAAGUCUAAAAAUAAAAAUAUAGUGGAAAUAUAGACUUCAGUAUAGUCUGUAUUUACUCCAAAAUUCUUCUACUUAUAUUUAUUUCCAUUAUCUUAGAUUACUCAAAAAUAUCCUAUAAAGAAGUUAUGUUUUCUCAAUAUAUAAUCAAAUCAUGACUGUUGAUUGGUCAACUCAGUCUUUCCUUCAUGAUAAAGAUCAAACUCUGGGGGUCAGAAGAGUAAUAACUUAAAAGUCAUAUUGACCUGACUAUCAUCUUGAGGCAGUGGGAGUUUAGGAAGGGAACUUGGUAAUUUGAAUUACUACUGAUAUUAACUGACAGGGCUAUUUUGGAUAGAAAAUGUCUAGACCAGUCUGUCCAAUAGAAUUUCCCUAAUGUCAUGCUCUUGGUCUUUAUCUUCUAAAAUGAUAAGAUAUCACACAAGUGCAGAAUGUGGCUAUUGUGGGUUUUAAAUUUUACUUAAUUUUAAUGUGGCCAGGGUUAUUAUAUUGAACAUUUCAAGUCUAGUGUAUGGUGAUAUUUUAUUUGUAUUAAAAUAUUAUUUGUAUGUUAAUAAAUAAAGUUGCCCGGGGGUCAGAGCUAUUAGCAAGCCAUAGGAAAGCAGGGCAGUGGUAGCGUACGCUUGUAAUUCCAGCACUUGGUAGGCAGAGCUGGGUAAGUCUCUGUGUGUUCAGGGAUACAGCCAUUAUUGGAUACACAUGCCUUUAAUCUUAAUACCAAUCAUGGAAAACCUGGAGGCCUAUACAGACAGGCUGUGAGGAGGUGGUCAUGUGGUUGGGUUUACAACCAAUGAGAAGGCAGGACAGGAACUCUAUAUAAAGACUUUAACACAGGGGUAGCUCUGGUUCGGAGAGGUAGGACCACCGCAGGAGGAAGGGUAAGGUUUUAGCUCUUAGCUCUGACCUCUUGGCUUUCUUCUUUGCAUUGGUUCUGUGUUUAUUAUUUAAUAAGAAGGUUGAAUACAUCUACAAAUGGCGUCCAACGUGGUGGCAAGAGUUUCCACCUAAAACCUGAGAAAAAAGAUUCUAAAACGGAGCUAAAAAUAGUUCCUAAUUGUCUCUCUCAAAUGAGUGGCAGCUGCCUGUUUGAGCUACUGGUGGGUUCCUAGAGUGUGUGCUCGACCUGUAGUAUGGCGGGAAUGAGGCCUCUGCAAGUGGCACAUUAAGCUGCAUGGUGGAUUUAGACGUUGCUAGUACAAAACAAAAAAAAAGAGGUUUCUGGACUACACGCUGCUUGGCUAAAAGCAUAGACCCAUGAUAGCUCCCAGAGCUGGUGGAAAAGGUAACACCGCCAUGUUGGGAAGCUGAGGUGGGUGGAGCCAGCAGCCACAGCUGCUGCAGUUUAAGGCAAUAGAUUCACAAUAAGACAGAUUCAGAUGUAAUAGUUUACAAUGUGUAUAAAAGAUACGUAGGCUUGAAAGAAACAAAAAAGAUGAUAUAUAGAGUUAUAGAAACAAAUAUAUAGUUUUAAAAAAUAAAGUCUUUAAAGAGACAGUAAAGGUAGUAUAAAAAAUAAGCCACGUAAAAAUGGAUAUUACACAGAGAAUCUGCAUUGUGUUGUCUUUGGGACUUUUAACUGCAGAAAAACAUUUGAUUGUAAAAGCUGUUGAGUUAUGCCAAAAUGUAUAUUUUAAAGGUACCUUGACUUCAAAAUUUGAAUAUAAGGAUAUGUUGCUUUGGAAAGGAGACUCUGCUUUUGUUCCCACAGAAAGCCAGAGGCUAUGGAUUUGUUCCAGAUUAAGAUACAUCAGGUUUGACCAGCCAAGACCCCCUGAAAGGUCUCUGAUGACACCAUGGCCCAGAUGAUCCAACAUCCAGAAUGUUUUCAAGGCAACUGGCUCAGACGAUACAGCCUCAUGGACUAUUCCAUAAUCCUAAAAUUUUCUUUGUUUCCCCAUAAGAUACAGCGCCCCCCUCCAGCAGGAAGUAGUAAGAGAAGCUACGCCCAAAUUCCCAAAUUAUAUGUAAUUUUACUUUGUUAAGGUUAAAACCUUCCUUUUUGAAAAAAAAAAAUGGGGGGGGAGAAAGUGCUGUGGGAUGUUCUGUAUGGCAAAUGUGUUGCUAAUUAGUCAAUAAAUAAAACACUGAUUGGCCAUUGGCUAGGCAGGAAGUGUAGGCGGGACAAGGAGGAGAAUAAAGCUGGGAAGUGGAAGGCUGAGUCAGAGAGACACUGCCAGCCGCCACGAUGAGAAACAGCAUGUGAAGAUUCCGGUAAGCCAUGAGCCAUGUGGCAAGGUAUAGAUUUAUGGAAAUGGAUUAAUUUAAGCUGUAAGAACAGUUAGCAAGAAGCCUGCCACGGCCAUACAGUUUGAAACCAAUAUAAGUCUCUGUGUUUACUUGGUCGGGUCUGAGGGGCUGUGGGACUGGCAGGUGAGAGAGAUUUGUCCUGACUGUGGGCAAGCAGGAAAACUCUAGCUACAAAAGGCACUGUGUGUUUAAAAUGUUACAAAUAGGGGCUGGA